GAACCGAGUACUUAAUGAUUUUCAACUCAAAAGCACCUUUUUACGAGUCUUAGCGAGUCCUUAGAGAGUGAACAGUUAAGUAACCCAAUCUCAAAAAUAUUUGAUCUCUUAUCAAGUAGUGCUCAGGAUUUCAUCGAAUCGCACCACCACACCCAGCGGCUACCAAUGAGUGCACUACAGGCUGUUCAUCGUCUUCCGUUUUCGGUUGAAAACCUUUUGGGUCUUCGAAAAGAAGAACAGCAGCAGCAAUCUUUACGAGAGCAGGAUUUGYCUGAUCUUUCUGGUGAAGAUAAACUCGACCAGCAGACACUACAAAAAGAUGACAAAUACCAAAGAAGAAGGCGAAGGCGAAUACUAUUCACACAAUCACAGGUCGACAUUUUAAAAAGCGUGUUCGCAAAGCAAAAAUAUCUAUCUGCUGAAGGUCGAAAAAAGCUAGCAGAAUCAUUGGAUCUUUCUCCUAAACAAGUAAAGACUUGGUUCCAAAAUUACCGAUACAAAUGCCGAAGAAAAACCUUUGACGAUGGGUACACACRACCCGAAGAACUUGAAAUAGCCAACCGCUUGGUAACGACAACGUUGACAGCACCCGCAAGAAUGAGUAURCCCCAUUCAGAGGGAUCGCCGGCUGUCUUUUUUACAAACCCUUACCAUUCGCUUGAACGAAACUCCUCUACUAGUCCUUUAAGCACAUUUUAUGAUCGUUUUCACUCAUUGGCUAAUUUCUCGUACCGUUUUCCUUCCAAAUACCAACAUCUGCCAACGUGUCAGAUGUACCCUAACUAGUAAAGGCAGGCUUUAAUGACUUUAAUACGCUUUGAAUUAUAACAAAU